AUGGCCGCCUGCUCGGCUGGUCCUCCCCUGAGCGCCGGCGGCAUCCCGUGCGGCAAACAACAGCAACUCGGCAUGCAGAGCCCGAGGCCCUGGCAGCAGCGUUUACUGGGCAACCACUUGGUGCGGUGCGGAGGCGCCGGCCAAGAGGCCCAAAAAGACACCAAGAUCCCGAGCCACGAGGCCCUCAAGGACUACGAGGUGCUGGGCCUGUACUUCAGCUUCGUCGAUCCCGGAGCUACUUGCGACGACUUUACCCGGCACCUCCACGAGCUACACAAGAGCGUCAACGACGCCGCUGCCGGCAAACAGGGGCCCGGCGACGCCAAGCGCCGGUACUUCGAGGUCGUGCACGUGCUGCUCUGGAGCAACGUCCAGGAUGUGAUGGACCUCGACCAGAGCUUCAGGAACCACGUGGCCGAGCUGCCUUGGCUGGCCGUGCCCUCCGACGACUACGAGAAGAAGACGCGGCUGACGCGGAGGUACCGGAUAAAAGCCGGGGUACCGACGCUCAUCCUACUCGAGGGCAAAAACGGCGCGGUGUUGACGCGAGGCGGUGUCGAGCGCGCCCUGGCCGACCCCGAGGGACUCGGUUUCCCGUGGAAGCCGCCGCAUCCGAAGGCCACCCUCGAGGACGGGCCUCUGCUGCCGUGCGGUGGCAGGGACAGCAACGAGCCGAUGCUGCACGAGGAGUUGCGCCACUGCUACAAAGCCGUGUACUUUAGCGCCCACUGGUGCCCACCGUGUAAAGCCUUCACGCCGCAACUGAUCGACACGUACCAGCGGAUCCGGGAGCGGGGCCACAACUUCGAGGUGAUAUUCGUGAGCUCAGACAGGAGCGAAGAGUCGUACAAAACGUACACGGACACGAUGCCGUGGCUGCGGAUACCGUUCAACCAGGAGGACCGGAGGCAGAAACUCGCGAGGGCCCUCGACGUCCAAGCCAUCCCGACUCUGGUCGUGCUCGACCCCCGCGACAACAUAAUCACGCUCGAGGGCCGCACCGAGAUCCUCGAAGAUCCCGACGGUCUGAAUUUCCCAUGGACGAGCCGGCUGGUGAACAUCCUCACGGAGAAGUACGCGACGUCUUUGCACGACGCCCCGGCCAUUAUUCUCUUUGUCGAGGGUGAAGACUGCGAGAUACAGUUCGGCGAGAGCGUCCUGCUGCCGGCGGCCGAGAUGUACAGGCGAGACCGGCCCGACUACGACCCUAACUACGACGACCCGGACGACACGCUGCAGUUCUACAUAGCCCUCGACUGCGAGACCUCGGACAUUCUGCGGGAGUUCGUCGGACUGGAUGACGCCGUGCCACUGCUUACCGCGAUCGACAUACCGCGGGGAUCGUACGCGGUGAUGGAGGACGGGGCCGAGAUAACCGUCGACUCGGUCCAGCAGUUUAUCGACGGCUACAGAAGCGACAAGCUGCCGAAGAGCAAAAUCGCCGCGGUUCACAAGGACGCCGCCAAGCCCGAGUAGACGCUCCUCCACCCUCCCUCCCUCUCGAGUUACAUCGGAUCUCAUAUCUUUCGCUCGACGUGACUCGACGGACUUGACUCUCUGAUGUGCGAGUAUUUCUCUCUGCGAGCGAUUUUUGUUUCGCGUGGAGAAAGAUUUCGAUGCCAUUUCAACAUAUAUUUUUUCGUACGUGUACUUUUACGUUGAUUCAUUCGCAUGCGGUAACAGAAUAUCGGGACGGAGCGAGUCGAUAGUUUUACCCGACACGAGUGGACAGGAGUUUGAGAAUAUAUAGCGUGUCAUUGUGUAAUCGUCAACAAAAAUGUGUGUGUGUAAUAUAGUCAGGCGAUCCUCUAGGGUAUACAUAUAUUAAUUAUAUAUAUACAUAGCGAUUCGGUUUUUCUUAUAUCCAGCAGGUGUUGAGCCAAGUAUGAUUAAUCGAAGAGUACAAGAUAACGAAACAGUUUGUACAACAAUGUCGUAUCGUGUCUAUUUACACAAAUUAUCGCGUCGUUCAAUAAACAAUGAAAAAUUAAUAAACAGUAACUGUCAGUUCAAAGUAAGAGCCUGUAAGUGAUUUAUGAACGAUAACAAAAAUGUCUGCCUUUGAAUAUUACUGAUCUGUCGUGCGAAAUUUAUCAUUGAUUGUAAAUUUUUUUUGUAUAUUAGAUAAAACUGAUUUCAGGCCAAGUAGGUACUUGGUGAAUUCAAAGGUCAUUUGUUCAGCAUUUGUUAAUUUUGAUCUCGAUAAAAAAUUAUUCAAAGAAACCAAGUAUUACAAUGAAAGCGUUUGUAGAUCUAGAUCUUUUAUUGAAAAAAAGCUUACUAUUUUCGGGUGUUCCAAAUUACAAGUAAAACAAAUAUAUAUUUGUUAAGAAAAUAAUCAUAUAAAACUAAGUCAAGUAUGAAAAACAGUGACACAGUGUUUUUUGGUCGGCUCUUAUCUGGUCAUUCGUCAAGAUGCAUAGCUCGGUUGUGCCGACUCUCGGAUUAAUUUUAAUGUGCUUUGUUUAAAAACUCUGUUGUCACUGUCUUUUAAGAGAAAGACAAAGUAUAAAAUGAUACUAAAAAUGCGCUAGAUUACAUAAAAAUAAUGGACGAAAAUUUUUAUCUUAUCUGACGGACGAAAAGUCAGAGAUGAGAGACAAUAUAUAUUGAUUCUGUACAUGAAAUAUCUACUUAGAAAACAAAAUUCAAAAACUUUGAAGGCCGAACACCUCAUCUCGAAUGCAAAAGUGAUGUUUCAUUUGUAUUAAAAAUGGUCUAAAGAUGAACAAUGAUUAAUAUU